CCUCUUCUGCCGGUGGCUGGGACCUGCUCUUCCUCUGGAACGGUCCAUUUUUCUGCUCUCCUCUUCGUCCCCCCUCCAAGUGGAUUCGAAUGGUUUAGUCCCACUCGCCUAGAGCCGUCUCCAUUUUUCCCAACCGGAAAGGAACUCUCGAGGUUUGGAAGGGUCUGUUCAGCCCCUCCUCAGGCUCCGGUGGACGGCUCCAUGCUCAGUACGUAGCAACACCCACCCCCCUGCGGAAGCCGGCGCAGUGGACGAGUCCGAGGCCGUCGUAGCAACCGCCUCUGUUUCCGGUUCUGAGCUGACAGCGGCGCCGGAAUUGGGCCGGGGCUAAGGUGGGCCGAGGUUGGGGGCCCAGAAAUGGAGCAGUGUGCAUGUGUGGAGCGAGAACUUGACAAAGUUCUGCAAAAGUUCUUAAGUUACGGGCAGCACUGUGAGAAGAGCUUAGAGGAGCUGCUGCACUAUGUGAGCCAGCUACGGGAGGAACUCACCAGCGCAGCUCUUCAGGGGACGCCUCUCUCAGCCACACUUUCUGUAGUGAUGUCCCAGUGCUGUCGGAAAAUCAAGGACACAGUACAGAAACUUGCAUCAGACCAUAAGGACAUUCACAGCAGUGUUUCCCGAGUGGGCAAAGCCAUCGACAGGAACUUUGACGCAGAGAUUUGUGGCGUGGUCUCAGAUACCGCGUGGGACUCUCGUGAGAAGCAGCAGCAGAUUCUGCAGAUGGCGAUUGUGGAGCACCUGUACCAGCAGGGCAUGCUGAAUGUUGCUGAGGAAUUGUGUCAGGAAUCAACUCUGAAUGUGGACUUGGAUUUUAAGCAGCCUUUCCUAGAGCUGAAUCGGAUCCUGGAAGCUCUGCAUGAACAAGACCUUCGACCAGCUUUAGACUGGGCCAUUUCAAACAGGCAGCGCCUGCUGGAACUAAAUAGUUCCCUGGAGUUUAAGUUGCACCGACUGCACUUCAUCCGGCUCCUGGCAGGGGGCCCCGAAAAGCAGCUGGAAGCCCUGAACUAUGCACGGCACUUCCAGCCCUUUGCACGGCUGCACCAACGGGAGAUCCAGGUGAUGAUGGGAAGCCUUGUAUAUCUCCGGUUGGGCAUUGAGAAGUCUCCCUACUGUCAUCUCUUGGACAAUAGUCACUGGGCAGAGAUCUGUGAGACCUUUACUCGAGAUGCCUGUGCUCUUCUUGGAUUAUCCGUGGAGUCCCCACUCAGUGUCAGCUUUGCCUCUGGGUGUGUGGCACUGCCUGUGUUAAUGAACAUCAAAGCGGUGAUUGAGCAGAGACAGUGCACGGGAGUCUGGAGCCAUAAGGAUGAACUGCCUAUUGAGAUUGAACUGGGCAUGAAGUGCUGGUACCACUCGGUGUUUGCCUGCCCCAUUCUGCGCCAGCAAACUUCAGAUUCCAAUCCACCUAUCAAACUCAUCUGUGGUCAUGUCAUCUCUAGGGAUGCCCUCAACAAGCUCAUCAAUGGAGGAAAACUGAAAUGCCCUUACUGCCCCAUGGAGCAGAACCCAGCUGAUGGCAAGCGUAUCAUAUUCUGAUAACAAGGAAGUCAGCUCAUUUGGUAGAGGGGACAUUCCCAAUAUGCCUUGGCUGGUCUUUUGUAGGGGAGAUGGGACCCAAGGAUGGACAUGCCGUGAGAGCCCCUUCUGUGCUGUUUUGAAAAGCUGAGAAUAGCACUACGUAGGAAUUGGGGAGGCAAGGUCCUUUUGUUAGCUCCAAAACAUCUGUCACAAAGGAAGAUCUGUGGUCUGGGAGGGUUUCGUCACUCUUUGGCUGUUGUCUGCUAAAGCAGAGAACUGAACUCUAGUGGAUGGCUGCAGGUUGGGCACAGACACUAUCCCUGCUCCAGCACCUCUUAUGCCUUUCCUUGUUCUGUUCUCCCUUCCCAUAUCUUAUAUGCACUUUCCUGCCAGUUGUUUUGCCUAGUGUCUGUUUAAAGUAGCAACAACCAGAUAACAUCAAGGUGUAUUUCUACCCUCCUUCCCCUUGUCAUCUUGCACUGCAGUUUGUGUAUCUAGAUCUAGCUCUACAACCUAAGGCCAGCCCAGGUGUGGUGCCAGCCACUUGCUACUGUACAGUGUUUCAAUUGUAUUUACCAGUUUUACAAUGUAAAUAGCUUAGUUAGACUUGGAUGCAGCUGUUUUAUAACUUUGAACAAAUAAACCACUUCCCUUCU